AAAAAUACCAGAAGCAAUAAGCAUCUUCUUCUUCUUCUUCAGUUCAAUCAACCCUGAGAAUCUUGUUCGUCUUCAGCAUGUCCUCUUUACUACGAAGAUCGCUUAGGAUCACUGUCUCCUCCUUGUUUCAUUCCAAACUCGUCGGAGACUCGCAUCACGCUCUCGCUUCAUCAACCUGGUUCUGGUAUCGCCACCUAUCACAUUCCCUCCCCCACCACCAUACCAGUCACUGCUUCAAUUCAAAUGGGUCUCGCCAAGUUCCUCAGUUUCCAUCACUAGUUCGCUAUUGGGCUUCUCAACCCGCCACCACAGAACACUACUCAACCUCUGAUGGGCUCACGGUCGAUGGAAUUCUCUCCAACAAUUGGACCAUUCUGGACGAGAACGACGGCGAUUGGAGGAGUCACGCCGCCGCCUUAGCUCAGUCCAUUCACUUGAUCAAACGCCGCUUACAGUGGACAAAAUUGAAGGUUAGGUUGGAAAUGUUAUCAGCCCAGCUGAACAAGCCAGACCUUUGGGAUGAUCCUGUGCAUGCUGGCAAAAUUAGCCGUGAGCACGGUUCGCUCCUUGGGAAAAUGAAAGAGGUAAAUGCAUUGGAGCGAGAGUUGCUUGAGCAUAUUGAGAUGAUAAAGCUUGCUCGUGAUGAGAAUGAUGCAGAAUUGGAAUCGGAAUCAUUGAAAGCAUUGCUUGAUAUGAGAAGGAAUGCAAAAGAAAAGGAGUUAGAGGCAUUGUUGGCAGGGGAGCAUGAUUCUUGUUCUUGCUACAUAGAGGUACAGGGUGGGGCUGGGGGUACUGAGAGCAUGGACUGGGCUGCAAUGGUCAUGCAGAUGUAUAAGUCAUGGGCCCAGCGACGUGGAUAUAAAGUGACUGUAGUGGAUGAAAUGCCUGGUGAGAUUGCAGGAAUCAAGCGAGCUACAAUCAAAGUAGACGGUGAGUUCGCAUUUGGGUAUGCCAAAGCAGAAGUAGGAGUGCACAGGCUUGUACGCAUAUCGCCUUUUGACAGUGCUAAACGCCGACACACUUCAUUUGCUGCUGUAGCAGUGAUUCCAAUCCUUGGCGAUGGAUCUACACGUGUACAAAUUAAUGAAUCUGAUCUCCGAGUUGAACGAUUUCGUGCUGGUGGUGCUGGUGGCCAGCAUGUGAAUACAACUGAGAGUGCUGUUAGAAUAGUUCAUAUUCCUACAGGUGUUACUGCAACUUGUCAGAACGAAAGAUCACAACAUCAGAAUAAGGCUUCGGCAAUGGCUGUGCUUCAGUCAAGAUUAGACCAACUUGAGAUGGCACGUCAGACACAGAUGAAUGCACAGCAUACACAAUCUCUCACUGACAUAACUUGGGGCAGUCAGAUACGUAGUUAUGUGCUUCAUCCUUACCAAAUGGUGAAAGAUCUUAGAACUAACUAUGAGGUUUCAGAUCCCGACUCUGUUCUUGAGGGAGAUCUAGACGGUUUCAUAUUGAGCUAUUUAUCAGCUUCUUUGGAUAAAAAUGAAGGCGAUGCUUAAAUCAAUCAAAUUCCAAGAUGAUGGUGGCAGAUUGCAUGCUUUAGUGCUAAAAGGGGCAUACUCUGGCAUUUGCUGCAUGUAGGGAUGAAGUAAAAUGCUCUUCAGUUGCUAUCAUUCCUCAUCAAGUCUAUCAGAGUCCAACAAAGCAUACUACUUGCUCCCCCUUGGUGUUUUUCUGGUAAUAUAUAAAUGAAUAAUAUGCAAUUGAAUAUGGAAGCAUGAAGCUCAAAAGCUUGACUAUAGUUGGCUUGCGCUGUCGGAAUAACUUCUCAAUGACCCAUGUGCUGUCAGAACAAGUUCAUUAAGAUUCUUUUAUUUAAACAUGUAACUCCAGUAGAAGUUAUAUGAUAUUUGGAUCUUUCUUUUUCUCCUCAGAUAAAAAGAUGGAAACAAUAACUGUGGAUGGCCUGCAAAUCCUGCUCAAUGAAUUAUGAGCCGUGGAUAAAUUUUUGUAAUUUAUUUUAGAACACGACUCUUAUAUAUUUCAAGAUUCUCCUUUUGUAAAGCUCA